ACAGACAGACAGCCUUUUUGGCCCAUCUCUACGAUCACCACCACUGACACAGCCGAGCCACCAGCCACAGAAGUGUGAUAUCUGAAAGAAAUACGAGUAGAUCAGAAUCAGAUGGAUAUAACAGAAGAAACACCGGCUGUUCUAGGCUUCCGAAUGCCUGCUGAAUGGGAACCUCACUCUCAAACCUGGCUCGGUUGGCCCGAGCGUCCUGAUAAUUGGCGAAAUAAUGGAGUGGAUGGGCAGAGUAUUUUUGCUAAAGUUGCUUCCGCCAUUGCUAAAUUCGAGCCCGUUACUGUCUGCGCUACUGCGUCUCAGUGGGAAAAUGCACGCAAACAAUUGCCUCAUAAUGUGAGGGUUGUUGAGAUGAGUAUGAACGAUUCUUGGUUUCGUGACACUGGCCCAACCUUUGUUGUCCGUGACCGAAAAAAAGGCUCAGGGAAGGUAGAGGACACUGUCGCUGCUAUUGAUUGGAAUUUCAACAGUUGGGGUGGUGUUGAUGAUGGUUGUUACAUAGACUGGAGCCAUGACCUUCUUGUUGCCCGUAAGAUUAUCUCAAUGGAGAGGGUUCCUCGUUUUCCACAGUCUAUAAUUCUCGAGGGUGGAAGCAUUCACGUAGAUGGUGAAGGGACCUGCCUUACUACCGAAGAGUGUUUGCUAAACAAAAACAGGAAUCCACAUCUAACCAAGAAACAAAUAGAAAACAAGCUCAAAUCAUAUCUUGCAGUUGACAAGAUAAUCUGGUUACCUCGUGGACUAUAUGGCGAUGAUGAUACAAAUGGGCAUAUCGACAAUAUGUGCUGUUUUGCUAAGCCUGGUGUUGUUUUGUUGUCUUGGACGAAUGAUGAAUCAGACCCCCAGUAUGAGCGAGCUGUUGAAGCUUAUACUGUUCUUACAAAUUCUACUGAUGCUCAGGGCAGAAAAUUUGAAGUUAUUAAACUUCAUGUACCAGGGCCUCUUUAUAUGACAGAUGAAGAAGCUGCUGGAUUUGUUCAGGUCGGUGAGGCUAAGCCAAGACUUCCGGGUACAAGACUUGCUGCAUCCUAUGUAAACUUUUACAUUGUUAAUGGUGGUAUAAUCGCUCCUCAAUUUGGAGACCCAAAAUGGGAUACAGAAGCGGUUCAUGUUUUAUCUCAGGCCUUUCCUGAUCGUGAAGUGGUGACGAUUGAAGGUGCAAGGGAAAUUGUUCUAGGAGGGGGCAACAUUCAUUGUAUCACACAGCAGCAGCCAGCUGGUCCUAAAGAGUAAUCAUCUUAUCAAUCAAUAAGCUGGCAGAUAUGUUUAUGUCACUUUAAAUUAGCAAUAAUGGUUGGUGUUUAGCUAUAUUAAACCACAAACCUGUAUUAAGUUCGUAUAUUGUUGGCCGAUGUUGGGUUAACCCACUUAUUAGAGACAUUGCCUCUUGGAGUAAAUAAUGCUCAACCCUUGGCAAUGAAGUAGUUUAGAUUCAUUUGAUGUAUUGAGAUUUAGAGUUUAAAAAAAUCGUAUAUUGUCGCUUCA